CCUCUUCCCUAUAAAUUAUAUUUUAAAAAAUUACGCUUGCCACCAACAAAUGGAAAGAAUUUGAAAGCAGCGGACAAAGUGGUUCUAUUUUCCUGCCCCUUACUUUUCUUUCCCCCCUUUUCAUCGAAACGAAAUUCUGCGUACUCUCCUGCAUACAAUAGGAUACUUUGUUACUGUUGUCAGUUUUCAUGUUAUUCGUUACGUGGUAUAGAGUUACUAGAUCGGCUUAGUUACACCCUCGAUCACGUGCCGUCCAGAAAUAGCAGCACGCCAUUGUCUUGUGACACCCGGGCUCGCAGAUAAUCUGGCGCGCGCUGUCUACCGUGCACAGUGACGAAGCAGUCGUACAAAUGUACAGUGUAAAUGAUUUCACCCGGGCGUCUUUAAAUGCCAUAAGAGUUAAGGCUCCGUCUCACGCCAUUUUGAAUUUUUGAAGCUAUAUGUAGGGGCAUGCAGACUUCGUGAAAAGAUUUUGAGACUAGCUGUAAGUUAAAACGCUGUAGCAUCGUCCGUGUUUCGUGAUUGGGUGAAUUUCUCCCAGAUACAUAUCGAUUGUAACAACACCAAUCACAGUAAUUCAGUGCAAAGCAAAUAUGUUCUGAAUGGCUCGGUCAAAUAAGGCAACGACUUCUCUAGCAGACGGCCGCCAAACACAAGGAAGAAACCACAGGUGCGGGUAUACCUUGUUGUAGUCUAAUAAGUGUUCAGAUCUUUUCGCAAAAAAUGCCUGCCCCUAGUUAUACAUACGUCUUUAGGCGCGUUAUGAAAAAAAUGAGAGUGAAUUUUUACGAUGCGCGCGCACCUACAACGAAAAUUUCACAGGAUAAAAAUAAAGUAUUACUUACAAUUAAAUAUUAUGUAUGUGAUUUCUAAUCUUAUACUUUAGUGGUUGAUAUUGAUUUCUGGUCCAUAUCAUUAAAAACAUUUAUUUAUUAUAAAUAUUAGUGAUAUAAAUUGUGCUUAUAAACUUUUUCAUGUGUAUUUAUGUGAGUUUAUGAUCCCGUUGUGUAAUGUAUUUGCAUGAUAAAUUAUUUCAUUAUUAUUUAAUAAAUAAUUCCAAUUAAUAAAAUUAGAUACACAUACCGCAUAUUUAUUGAGUUUCAUUAUUGACUAAAAUUUAUCUAGAUUAUUUUACUAAAUUAAAUAAUAAAUUUUAUACACGUGUUAAUAUUAAUGUUGAAUAAUGAUAGAGUAUUUUUUUUUAUUUGAUUGAAUUUGUACUUUACCAAUCGUAUUUAUAACAUGACUUUAGGCCUUUUAUUAUUUUAUUUCUAUUAUUUAUUUGCAUUCAAAAUUAAAGUUAAUUUUUGACUACGAUAAGUAUAACUUCUAAAACGCUUAUAGAAGUACACGCACCCAUUUUUUGUCAUUACUUUUAUUUAAGGCUCUGUUUCAGCCCCACGUUGUGUUAUCUCAUUUCCAUUCCAUAUUUUUAUUUUUCUCAGAUGUUCCAUUACAUAAACAUUGCAUUUUGUUUUCUGUAUUGGAUGUUAUCGUCAGGUAUAUGCUUAUUGCUAUCUGUCAUUUGUAAAAGGUCACACGAAUAUUUAUAAUUCUAAUUUUUGUUCAGCAGUUAUUUUGAGGUCAUUCACAAGAUGUUAUUUUUAUAAAUUUUAAUAGCUAGGUAACACAUAUUAAAUUGGUUCUGUAAUAUAAUUUUCGAUCAGUUUCUUUAUGGAAAUAUGCAAUGAUCGAAAAAUUAAAAAUGUAAUAUGGAGGGUGAAGCCGAAGCUUAAGAGCUAUUUAUAAAAUUUUAACUCUUUGCCUCCCUUUCAUUUGGAGUUCUGCUGCAAAUAUUUCCAAUAUUCGUUUAGUGUAUUACCGUGGGUAUAAAAAUUGAUUCGAAUUAUAAUCACUUGUGCGACUGUUUACACCCACUAUAUUAUUUUAAGUAAAUAUCUGUCGAAAAUAUUUGUGGCAGAACAACAAAUACAAGGGAGGUAUAGAGUUAAAAUGUUAUAUAUAAAUAGCCCUUAAAUAAAAGUAAUAAAUAACGGAAAAACUAAAAAAAAAAAAAAAAAAAAAAAAAAUGGCGUGUGUGACCGGGCCUUAAUACCUUGAGCGAUCGUUCGCCGAGUCGCCUUUCCCAGCAAAAACAACCGACCCGAACAUGUCUUUCGAAGCGUGAGUCGGUGAGAAUGUGCGACUGGAUGUGCCCAGUUCCACAGAUAGUGGCCACUUUCACGGGAGCGCACGCUAUACCGUUGCUUUCGGAGUCGGGCGCCGUUCGUGCUACCGUUAUGCCGUCGAUUCCUGUGUGCCGUCGCGUUAGCGCCGCGUCCGGGCUUCGCCGUCCGUUGCUAGGGACGCCAGCCGCCUCAUGCGCAUUCCGCUUUGCACCUCGAGGUGCGGACUAUUCAUUCUCCUUCUGUACAGGCGUACACGUUCGCGUGACGUCAGGAGGAAAAAAAAUACUAGUGGACUUUUUUGACGGAUUUAUAUUAGGCAUCAAGGCCUGGUCUAACACGCCAUGUCGAUUUUUUUUUUUUUAGUUUUACGUCAUUAAUGUUUUUAAGGAUAAUUUUUAAAUUUUAACUCGACAUUUACCUUGCAUUUGUGAUUCUACCACUACUAUUUUCAACAGAUAUUCACUUGGGUGUAAAAAGGCACGCAAGUAUUUGUAAUUAUCAUCACUUGUGAGACUUUUCACACCCAUUAUAUUGGAAAUUAAAAAAAAAAUAGUGACAAAUUUUAGAAACAGUCCUUAAAAACUAGUUUAAAAAAAAUCUAAAUUACGUGGGAGACCGAGCCUUAAGCCGUCAUUCCACACUAAUUAUUACGUUAAAUUGAAACAAGUACUUUAUUUCUGCAGAACUAAAGUUUAGGCAACCAUUUUCUAGUUCCCCCCCCCCCUUAAAAAGUGAUGUAACCUAAUAAUAUUCAGCUGUCAAACUAAAACCAUUGAUAAAGUUAGUUACCUGUCCGAAAAAAGUGCCCUCGUUGGUGGGACAUAUCUGUCCCCUCGCGUUUUGGGCGUUAGUUCGGGUAAGCGACACUCGGUGAGGCGUGACGCUGACAAGCAUGGGCAAGCGCACUUAACGCACUUAAAGGGUGGUUGUCUUGAGUGCACUCGCCCUGUCUCGAGGCGUGUACUCGUGGGCCGGACUGAGUCAGCGUACGUCACUGCUGAUCCUGCCGUCUGUGUGUUCACGGCUCAGGCAACGACGAUAGCAUCAUUCAAAAUUAAAUAUUCAAAUAUUCAACAAUACAGCCGUCCCUCCUCUGAUUGGCGCGUGUAUUAUCGGUCUAAAAAGGCCUGUCAAAUUUUACACCACGGAAGUUUUAUAACUUAAACAGUCUAGAAUUCAGCGGUUCCCAAAGGGUGGGUCGCGACUCGAUCCUAAAACUAUCAGAAACCAUCCAAUAAACCAUCAGAAAAUAUAAGAAAAAGCGAAACAAAUUGAAUUGUGUGCAAGCACACAUAUGUAUUGUUAAUAAGUGUUUUUGCUACAAAGUGCUUAUAUUUUGUCAACCAUUUUCAAAUCAGAACACAAAUUGUUUAUCAAUAAUCAACGGUAUCUUAAGAAAAGCAUAUGUAUGUAUAUAUUUGCAAUAUUUGAUGCUAAAUUAUAUAUACAUAAGGAAGGGAUACGAUACAAAUAAGGUUUGUUUACUCCACCAUGGACCGAUAGACCGUGGAGAUAUUCCUAUAAGGACAGGUGGGCCGCCAGCUGAAAAGUUUGGGAACCACUGAUCUAGAUUAUCAAAAGUACGUGAUUUUUUUUUCGUCAUUCGCUGAAAUUUCGCUGUUGGAGCGCUGUAGUGGGGAGACCGCACUCGCCGCGCGUGUAAAAGUCGUCCUUACAGCCGACCACGGGGACACGUCACGCUGGAUGCGGACGGUUGAACGUCCUGGAACCAGCGCGUUGUCAGCUGUUGCCCGCUCGAAGGCAGGUCCUCAAGGUUGCGGUGAUCCGUUUCCGGUCUUUGUUGGAGCGCUGGCCACAACCAACCCUUCACGGCGCAACAACCGUGCAAGUCGCUCCUACUGCCGCAUUCCUUCGCAUCCCCGCCUCGCCUUCCCUUACCUUUAACCGCAUUUGAACAUAAGCUACGAAUCCAUUAGCUAUCCAAAAUAACCAAUUCAACAUAACAAAGAUAUAGUUGACGAUGAAGUAGGCAAUAUGCCGGGAAACAAACUCAUGGCUAGAGACCUGCAAAAUUCGCGGUUUCGAUGGCCUUCAGGAUAGACUGCACAUUCUCCUGUACACUGGGCAAAUAACGCAAGUUCAUUGGUCGUCUCAGCUGGUUUGCCUGUGAUUCGAUCCUUCUUUGCUUGAGGGUUUAUAAUUGGUUGAGAUUCGCCAAGAUUAACAGUAAGCCAAUAGUAAAAUUAUCUAAGAGGUAUAUGUGUUUGAAUUCUAGUCUAUCACCGAAUGAAUCCGCGAAUUUUGCUGGUCUCUACUUAUGGGUCUGUCUCACGCGCCAUGUUGAUUUGGUUUAGUUUUUUUUGUUUUACUUUACAUUACUUUAUAAAAAUUUUAACUCGAUACUGCCCUUGCAUUUGUCGUUCUUUCAUAAAUUCAUAUAACAUAUAUUCACUCAGUGUAAUUUAAUGGAUGUAAAAAGUUGCUCAAUUGAUAAUUAUUACGAAGACUUACAUGACUUCUGACGUCCACUUUAUUACACUAAGUGAACAUACGUUAAAACUAUUUGUUGCAGAACAACAAAUGCAAGGGAGGUAUCGAGUUGAAAUUUAAAAAAAAAUAGACCUUAAAUAAAAGUAAUUACAAAAAAAAUUUGGGCGUGAGAUAACAUAUGUUUCCAAAAAAAGUAUAAUUUACAUUAUACUCUUAAGUUAAAUGAAGGUUUAAGAGUGACAGUUCCAAAAAUUUUUUUAAUAAUAAUUUAAUAUAUAAUUUUAUAUAUAUAUAUAUUUAGUUUCGGCCAGAAGGAACCCGAAUAAUGCUAGUUACAUUUCAGGAAUUUCACAAGUAGUACAUAAUUAUUUUUUCGGGGACGACGACGACGACGACGACAAUUUUUUGUGUGCUACAUUGAUUGUGAUUUAUUCAUUUACUUCUUGUUUAAUUUUUUACACAUUAAUUUUUGUAAUCAAAGUUCCAUUCAUUCACUCGUUCUUUGAACUAGCAUUCGGUUUUUUUUCUUAUGUAAGGAUUGCAGAGCGGCUGCGGCUUGCAUGCUAACAUUGAUAAACCUUACUAUUUAUGGACUUCAUGAAUGGAAAAAAUAGAACUUACUGGGCGUGGUUCCGUUAGCUUAUCUGAACUCCUAAUGCUUCUGUUUUGUUAAUUGGCUUCUAUCUGUGUGUGACGCCAUUUCCUUAUUUCGUUGGGAAACUCGGCACUGGUUAUCUAAUCGCCGAACUCUGUCAUAAGUGUGCACACACAUGACAAUCCAGUUACACUGAAAAAAUCUAUAUAUAUAGUGACGGUAAACUAUUUUUGUAGACCCAACAAUAUCAUCAAUUAAUGAUAGAAAAAUGUUGUCACUAAUAUGCCACUUAGUGUACAUAGAAAAAUAAUACUAUGUUGUAAACACAAAAUAUUUAUAAGUUGUGUACUGACAAAACGUUUUUUCAGUGCUCUGUAACUGAAUAAAAAUAAGAAUACACUUGUGUUCUAAAAUAUAUAUAGUCACGAAAUAUUUUGCGCAAAUUUUGUAAUAUUUGUUUGCUUCGUAAUCUGGCGUAUAACCUAGAUAUCGCAGAGAAACAAGUGAAAUUUCCCGCAAGAGAAGUUUUCCGCUUUACGCCGAUAAAAUGUUCUGUGUAUCAACACGUGUGUAUUUGGGUUAGAGUAAUAUGGUAUUCGUUUUACGAAAAUUGCUGUGCAGUUUACACUAGUAAAAUCUUGCUAAACUAAAUGUAACACAAACUGUUAAUUAUUAUUUUUAUAUGUCCGAUUGGCAUUAAAGUUAAUUCAACUCAGUGUUUUUUUUACGGCUACUAGGAAUUUUCCUACAUAAAACAUUGAAACAUUUAAAGUAUAAUCUUUUAAAAGUUUAAAAUAGAAUACAAGUUAACAAAAAAAUAAAUAUUGGCUUAUUCUCAAGCCUACUCUGCAUUUUUCAAUGUAGUUAUAACAGUAGAGAGAUAUUUUUAUCAAUAUGUUUACUUAGCUUAGUGGUUAGGGUGACUGUCUAUUAUGGCAUACCACGCGUGAGAUACUUUUGGGUCCAGUUCUCCAAAACAUUAAAUUUAAUUUCUAAAUUCUUCAAAGUUAUUUAGUAUUCAUUUUCGUUCACAAAAAGAAAGACGGUAAUUUGUUUUGUUAUGUCUUUUCCAGUUCAAUCUCCGGCAAUCGAGCAUGGUUUAAAUUAGAAAAAAAUUAAAAACUAAUAGACUAGAAAGUAUUAAUCAUAAUAGUAAAUACAAAAAUAAUAUCACUAAACAGUAUCUGAGUAUGCUGAUAAAGUUAGGCAAGACAAGCUCAACGCUUAAUUGUUUAUUUAAGCACCUUAAAAAAUAAGUUGUUAUUUGUUGGACAACAAUAAAUUCUACUUAAUUUAUAAAACAAAAAUAUAUAUUUUGGGAGAAAUUUGAACACACAAUAUUGUUCCCUCUAAGGCUUGACCUAACACACAACUCCACUUCCAACUUGCAUGGAUGAAUCGUGUUAACACUAUUAUAAUGAGUCGCAUACAUUAAAAUAACAAGUAGUUAAAAAUAAAUUAUCUAAAUGAAUUUAACUUUACUUUAAGAAUAAUGUAAGUAGUGUCUAAAAACAGUGGAUGCGUGAAUAUCCAGCUUAUGCGUAACUGUUGCCACCACGCCUCCUAGCCGCCAUGUUUGAAAGCUAGUGGCCGAUCGUGAAGUCAGGUUCCUAAACGGCGGUGUGUCUGUCCUGAUCGGCGGCCGGCGAUACUCGAGACGCCACACUUCGACUUGGAAUACCAAACGCGUGAAAUCGUCCGAAAAUCGUUAUUUUACGAUCGGGAACUAUUGUCCGAGUGACUGUGAAUAAACUCCCCAGGCGGAUAGCUUACGAUUCCGAAACCAAAUAUAGCUUUUCAGUUGGUGGUAUUUCGCACCCCAAUCCUGACAACUGCGAUAAUAAAUUUAUAGUUUUCAUUUUAGAAUAAUUCACGGUAUUGUGUAUUUCAGAGAUUUCGCUCAAAAAUUUAGUAAACUAACCCUUAAAAAUACAACAGCAAUAAAUAUAAUUAUCAGUGGUAAUUAAUCAGUAAUAAUUAGCGGUACUAUAAUGUAAGCGAUGAUGGUGCCUUGUAAUUUAAAAUUAAAUGAAUUUGUUUUCAAAUAGAAUUACAUGCAAACAGUUAACCAUUUCACAUUGAGUUAUGUAUCACGUGAUUUUUUUUUUUGCUGUUACUAAAUUUUGGAAUUUUUUUUUUUUGCGCUCGAGGAUGAUAACAUUCUCGUGCCUCAAGCCAAAUAGUGGUGGUGCGCGCACCGCAGUUCUGGCACGCCUCGCAGCUGUAAUGAGGCGAGCACGAUUACACUCCCCUCCACGUCGCGGACUUGCUUGGUGCAGUCCCGCCACUUCGGGGAACCAGGUCAGCAGACCCUUAACGGCGGCGGCUGCUUGCGGCCUUUCGCAACGCCUCUCGUGCGACGGGCGAUGACGUCACCUCCUAGUCGGGAGCUCUUGCCGCUCAUUCCUCCUCCACGGGGGACGGGGCAGAGGGGCAGUUUGUCAAGGCCCCAAAAAUACAUCAUUGAUACACGUGGUUCAUUGCAUCAACAAACUACCUUCCUUUCCCUGAUAUAACAUUUUGGAUUUUUGAAGGAAACAAAGUUCAAGCAACUAAGUAAUUAAUAUCCAUAGAUCUGAUCGAAAUCUUGUUUGAUGUUUAAAUUUAUUUAGCGUUCUAGAAAGUGACAUCCUGUUAGCCGGCGAGCCAAUGUCGCAGCCUCGGUGGGAAUGAAAUGCCACUCGGGCCACCGGCUUACAUACACAGCUGGCCUAGAAUGUUAAUUUGGUAAUUACUUGCGAAGAGAAGUUCGUUCCUUGUCGCAAAGCCUUUCGAAGAAAAAGCCACCCAAGCGCGUUAUUCUUUUUUUCCAGUUGUGACCUAACAAUUAAAAUAUGUAAUCGUAUUUUCUACAUAUGAAUAUUUUAGUAAUAAGGGCCCACGCCAGAUUUCCUGUAGACAAGCGUUGGAAACACACUCAAUUAGAAGAAAGGAAAUCUAAAGAAGUUCUACUGUAAGCGUUUGUUUUGAUUGCGAAACAGCUAUAAUAACCAUUAUUAUAAUGAAGUAAUUACAAAAAAUAAUUAAUGGUAAUUUAGUAUUAUCGCGUUGUUUACCAAACUUGACGCAUUUUUUUUUACAGUAUUUCUUUGAGCCUGGUAGGGUGAAUUAUGUUAAUCAGUUUAUUUACAUUUAUUUUCAGUGACGUGAUAUUUGGUAAUGCCGUAUAUUUUUUUUCCCUAUCUCAUUGCAUCAAUCAUCGUUUUUUAACGUAGACGCUGCCUAGCAUUGGGAUCAAAACCAAAACAAAUGUCGCCAUUUUGUUUGUUAUUCACAAUCGCUUAGCUCGUGGUUGAGUAAUGUUGAAGAAAAUUGCAGCAGAGGAAUAACUUACCCGAUAAGAAAGUAUAAUUCUUGUGGAUUAAUUUUUUAUUACGUUUUUCAGGAGACCCGGGGAUCACUAGUCACUGCAUUUCGACUUUGUUUAUUCUUGAACAUUAUUUUCUUAAUAGUCUGUUCAGAAUUUUCAGGAAAUUCUAAGCUUCUAGAAAAAUCAAGGCAGAGUCUAGGAAAUUCACGUUUAAGUCAGGGAAUUAAAUAUAAAUGAUUAGACAAAAGCCCAUAUUCUGUAUGCAGCUAAUCAUUAACUGUUUCAUGCAUAUUUCAUUUUGGUUUUGUCUUUGUUGGAAUGCUGGCGUGGCAAGUAUUUUUUUAGAAGAUGUGUAUUUUUUUUUUUGCACGUGAGGCUGAAUUUUAUCUGUAAUGGUUUUUCCGUGUGCGAUGUAACAAACUCCACCUUGUGCAUACAUAAUCAUACUUCUUUUUGUUAUUAUGGAAAAAAAAAUUGUAAACACAUUAAAGAAUCCAUAAAAAUUUUGUAACGACGACCGUGUUAGCAAUAAACGCAUAACAAUUAAUUUUGGUUCUUUUCAUGGACAUAUUGCAGGUUUUUGGUAUUGAAAAGUUAACAAAAAGAUUUGUAUAAGCCGGGUAAUUCUGUUUGUAUGCACAUUGCUGGACAUUAUGUGUCAACGCUCGGAGAACGUCUGCUUUCGCUGCGUUAUCGAUUCGUGUUGAUUCUAAUUUGAGGUCACUCCAGUCCGAAAUUUUACUCCAAAAAUUGUACAGUAAAAGCUCUGUAAUCCGGCAGUUUCGGGACCACGGCCGUGCCGGAUUUACGAAUUUGCCGGAUUAUUGAAUUUCAGUACAUCGGGAAUACCAAGGAUAAAUGCAAUUACAGUACUACGAUAUUUUAAAAAAGUUUCCCUAUGUAAUGAAAAUAAUACACAUGGGCACUACUGUAUAAAAAAAUGGUAUCUAUCAAGUAGCGUCCGUGAUUCUAUUUACCCCUCCACCUUCCCCUAACCUAACUAUAACUAUGUAUUUUGUAGGAAUGGUCCGUGUUAGUGAGGGACCGAAGCAAAUACGUCUAGUCAUUCUGGGGACCAGCCAUGCAGGGAGAAGGUGCUUUGUUCAGGGAUUAACCAGACAUGGCAGCGAUUGAAGCCAUGACUAACUCCCUUAUCUUAAAUCUUGAUUAAAACUACGCUACGUUGGGCUCAGGUAAAACCUGCAUACACAGGAAGAAAAAGAAAAACCUGGGCUCAGACAUGCGUGGUGCAAUAGGGUAUGCAUUAAUAGCGGUGUGGAUGCAUAAGAUGGUAUGGAUGAAGAGUUGGACAGGGUAUAACAGAGUUUACCAUGCGGGUUUGGGGGCACUCGGAAGAGGCAAACUUUUAUAUUUUAGUCACAUCUGGAUUUGGAUAAACAGAGACGCAAGCGCCCCUGGUGGUGGUAGGCUACACUCCCUACCCAACGGGCUUCCAGCAGCACAAAAAAGCUACAGAAAGGAAGUAAAAACAACAAACUUAUAAACUAGACAUUUGAUUAAAAGAUUCUAUGGUGCGCAGUGCGCCCUGCAGUUUAUUUUUGCAUGGGCGCACAUUGCUUAGGCUGAAUCUAGGAUAAGCUAAUUAUUUUUAUAGUUUGGUUUUAGUUUUUUGGGUUUUUUGUUGUAUUAGUACUAUUACUAAAUAAUAAGGACCUAAUAUAAUUUAAGAUUACUAUCGUACGGCGUGCCUUAAUUUACUAGAAUUAUACUUAGUACAGUAGAACUGUCGGCGUAUGGAAUUUUCUGGUGAAUGAAGAUGCAAGCAUUCGUAUUUGUAUUAGUUAUUUUAUAACCCGGUUAUCGCUAUAGUCCCAUAUUACGGCACUGCCCUGCAAGCAGCACGCCACUCGUCGGUACCUACGGGACUCGAUCGGUGUGUAUUUUCACUGAAUUCGUGAGAAAGCACCGUCAUUGCACGACACACUAGCUUUAUUGUUUUGUUAUUGGAUUAAAGCUGUCGUAUCGCACCACAGCACAGCAACACCGUGCCACUUGUAUGGGUUUCUCCGGACUCGGAUCAGUGUACAUUUGCUCUGUUCCGUGAUCCGGAUCUCCUGUGUAAACUCCCCGAAACCCACCCGAAAAAAAAAAAAAAUCUGAACGCAACAUGCUCAGUGUGUGCUGGAUCGCAGAAUGUUCUGAAUCAGAGACUGUCGGACUGUUGAUGGCACGAGGUUGGGUGACAGCGUUUGGAGGCCGGUAGUCGUGGCCUCCUGGCUUUUAGGCGGUUGCCGCCGGCGACGUGUGACCCAGUGACCUGCAAACGCCUGACGAACCACAAUGCACCGCGCGGGUCGUCGCUUCCCCACGCUCCAUCGUUGCCGACUGAGCAGCUACUGGUCUCGUCUCGUCGCAGUUGGGGACUGCUAUAGACGUCCGUAGUUGAAUUAAAUUAAAUAAAAAAAAACUCUGGGUUCGGUUUGCAAGUUGGAACAUUUAAAACAAAUUUCAUCCAUUACGGUCAGGGUUGGCUUUUUCAGAAAAGUUUUGGGCCAUAUGUAGAAGGCUAACAAUUUGAACGGAUUUAAUACUGUGCGUACCAAGGGAGUCAUUAAUAUGUUUUUUGUCCUUCAACUGCUAUUUGAACUAAUGGUUGAAUUUACCAAAAAAAAAAAAAAUUAUCAAACAAAAGUUUUUGGUAUCUUCUGCUAUAAGUAGGUUUCAUAACUGUAAACGGAUGAAAUAUUUUUUAUACUAAAAAAAGUGUUCGUAAUUUUUUUAUUGUUUACCAAAAAAGAAACUCCCCAUCUGUCUGGAAUUGUCCAUAGAAAGUGAAACUUUUAUAAAUAUAUAUAAAACCUUUUAAGUUUACGAUGGUUUUGGGGACCAGCGACCAUGAAACGAGAAAAAAAGGUCAAAAUUAUCGGAAAGUCUCACCAUGGUAAGGAUUAAAAAGAAGUACGUAUAUGAAAAAAAAUAGAAAUAAAUCAAUUUGUAUGAACUAUUAUGGUUGAUUUAAUGUUAAGUAUUAAUAAACUGUUUUUAUUUGCUGUGAAGAAAGUGUUUGUGCCGUGUGCUGCGCCUGUCGAGCACUAGCACGCCCCUGCGUGGCGAGCAAGUACUAGCACUGGUAGGAGGAGGGGGGAGGGGGCGGGACUUGCUUGGGCCAAUGAGAGCACGAGGGAAGGAGCUGGCGCGCCUCUGUGACUCGCCGAUACGGGGGUCCCGUCGAUGACCCGCUUGGUUCCUUAGCUGGAAUUGAAGAUAACAUCAGGUUCCAUCGAUGGCGUACAUCCAGGGGGUGGUAUGGGAGUGGAGGCAGCUGGCACCCUUUUCGGUGUCACGGGGUGGGGUGGGAAGAGAACAAAUAAAAUAUAAGCGUCAAAUUUCCGAGAAAAAAAAUUAACAGUUUAGUUGCAGGCAUUUAAAUCUCCUCAAAGAAAAUAAUUACAAAAUAGAGACACUGCGGCAUGCUCCUCAAUGAAAAACGCCCUCUUAACCCCCUUGCUUCCGUUUUAAGAUGGAUACGCCCUUGCGUGGUUUGGUUUGAAAUUUCUUAUAUUGUCGUGCUGAAAACUGACGGUUAAAGUUGAGUAGCAGGUGAAGGCUGUAAACAUUCAUAGGUUAAUUAUGGAACAUGUGAGGCUAAGAUUCUCAGGUUUCUGUUCGCACACUCUCCGCUCUGACGCUGCUAUCACAACGGCGACGGCGCGACGGCGCGAUGCGAAAUGUCGACGCGUCAGCAAAAUAUCGCGAUAUUGUGUUCGAGAGUAUUUUUAAAAUUAAAAUGUAACAUUAAAUUAUAGAAAUCAAUGUGCGUAAACACAUUUUAGAGAUUUCGCUAAAAAAUGUAGUAAACUAAACCUUAAAAUUACAACAGCAAUAAAUAGAAUUAUCAGUGCACCAGUUAUAACCCUCUUUCGAAAACAAAAUUCUAAUGUGCAUUUAAGUAACGCCGCUUCAGCGACGCGAUGGAAAUGUGCCUAUUACGUCUGCCAAUUUUUGUCGCGUUGACGUCAUAUAUGUGUCGAAUAUGAUUUGUUAGAAAUAUUCGCAUUGCCGCCGUCGCACUCUUGGCUGUUGUGAUUCCAUUUUUCUUAUAUUUCGUUUCUUCUGGUCCAGCAAUGUUGUCAUUCAAUUGAAAUUGUAUCUGUUACAAAAUUAAUUAGUUAAUUUUUAAAGUAAAUCUUAUAUUUUGCUUUAGGGCUUGAUUAGCAAGAUGAGAGUUUUGAAAUUAGGGAAAUUUGGAAGAAAACUUUCUUUAAUUGUAAAAUGCCAAAUAUAGCCCUAAAUCAUUGACAAUAGUAAAACAAGGUGUCACAGCGAUAUGUGUAUCGUAUCCCAUUCCGGCAAUUUUGAUUUUUUCACUCUUUGCAAUAGCUGGCUUAUUGUUCCUUACUACAAAUAAAACACUGACUAGAAAGCAACACAUGCGCUCCAAUUACUGUUUUUUUUUUAACUCAGUAUUUUAUUUAUUUCACUAAAUAAAACUAUCAUUGAAAUGAGCCUUUUAACUUUUUAAGUCUUAAUAUAAUUUACAAUUGAUAAAUGUAACCAAACACAUUUGACAGUAUGCGUAUCACAUUGUUGCCUUAGAAUACUUAACAUAAUAUCCUGUCUGGUAUAGUAGCGAUAAUUGUGAAGAGGCACAGUAAAAAAAAAGCAGUACUGUGUGAAAACUUUUCAUUUUAUUUAGAAUAUGUAUAAUUCAUGUUAAAGUUACUGGUUGUAAGAAGCAGUGCUUAUCUACGUGAGAAAGUCGCAGGCUACAUCUUUAUUACUAUACACCUGGAUUAAAAAAAAUAUAUAUUUUUUUUCUUUAAUUGGUGGAAAUACGGGUCUAAAUUCUAGGCUGUUAGGUAAAAAGAGCGUUAGUUACAAAAUUGCCAAAUUUACCCCUUUGGUCGGAUAGUGCCCAUUGACGAACUCGACCGAGAUUUUCCACAAGUCGAGUUUAUGUAUCAGUUUGGAAGAGAUUGCGGCAGUUAUCGUGUCCACAAAAUUGUGAUAUAUAUAUAAACUUUUGAGUUUGACUGUGGUUUUGGGUCUAUGGACCAUGAAACAAAAAACACUAUAUAAAAUUUUUUCGGAAGUCGCACCAUGGUAACGGGUAGGUACUCGGUAGUAUUUCUUCGAAAUCUGACUUAUAUGACACGUAAUUGGGGUAAAAAGUGACUGACCAAAACGUGAAGUGCACGUCUAUAAAGUUUUUAGCCGUCGACUCCUGAAAGGACGGGAUCUCCGAGUGGAACCACUUGGUCACCUGUCUGGUGCCCGCGCACCGGGACCGGCGCGCUGCCGGAGGGAGGGGAGACUUCUCCAGACCGCCGACGUCACCGCAGGCGCAGGGACCCCCUGCUCGGGGGUCCGAGCCUGCGGGAAGCCUACAACUCACGUGGUUUCGGUUCCCUACCACGUUCGUGCAACUUCGGAUUUCUCUAAAAAAUUGAAAUUAAUAAAAUCGAAGGGGGUUAGGUUAGGUUAGGUCAGUCACAACAUGCUUGUUUUCAUUGGAAACUUCUGAUUUAGCGGCUGAAGUGGCGUUAGUACCAAAACGCUAAAACUUCGGAAAUCUUCGGAAAUUCUUGCAGGGAACCGAAACUACGUUGAGUUGUAGGCUUCCCCCGAGCCUGCAACCCAGCCCGCGUGCCCCGAGGCCGUCGACCAGUGAGUGCGGAGCGAGUUUGGGCGGUAAUCACGAGGAGACAGUCCACCCGCGGGCGCCUCCGUUGCUUUGUGGGGAAUGUCCCUCGUGUGUCGGCGCCCUCGAUUGCGUAGCGGCCACCACUGACUAGGCCUACACACCUGGCAAAACGUAUGGCGGGAACCGCCCCCCCCCCCCCCUUGAAUUAUAGUCCCGCAUUGCGGUGGCCUGUUCCCUGCUUGCGAAAUUCGUAACCGCGAAACUUGGAUGUUUUACGUAAUAAUAACAUAUGCACACCAAAACUAUCUAAUGUUUCAAGGGGAAAAAAAAGUUUUGAAUAUUUUUCAAGUUUGCAGCUUAUUGCACGCACUUGUGCCUAGACCGCCUAGUGAGAUGACAUGUGUCGGUCCCCCCCCCCCCCCCCCUUUUGUGAAAAACGCGUUUCCUACAUACUUGCGCCUCUGGACACAAGCAAUUAGCUAAUUAGCUGGGUGUUGGUGUUACUUCAUAACGAUUUUUUUUACACACACAUUUAAGUGUUGUUAACAAUGUUUUAGAUUGUUCUGUAAACAGAUAAUUCUGUAGCUGGUACUGAAUCUUCGUUUUUGCUACCUUCUGUUCUUUAGUACUUUCAGCGUUCAUUUCGCUCACUGUUCGUGAAUUAGUUUUGAUAGUACCUUAAAAAAAAUACCUUCCAAACCCAGUGGUGGACUGGGUCGCUUAUUUUACGUAAUGUGGACUUUUUCAGGAAUCAAAAUAGCAACAACCCGUUUCUCUAAACUAUCAAACGGUGUAAAGAUCUUCAAGAGGUGACUUGAUUUUUCGUGUCAAUUUUACGAUGAUAGUUCCCGCAAAGAAAUUUUUAGUAUUUGAUUAAGAUAACUUUUGGGGCACACUAUCAACCAGUCGUUGAAUUUCUGAAUAUGUUUAAGUUUCAUAAUAUUAAUGCAUAAUUUUAUCUGGAAUAUAUGAUUUUAGUGACUGUAGCUUUGAUUAAUUUUUUUCCCUUAAAAAUUAAAAUUUUCUUGUCGGCUCAGGCAAGUGAGCAAAUAUUAUAAAGUAAAAAAAAAGCCAUAAGAUCUAUUUUAUCUUUAAAGUUCAGUUUAUAUUGUGAUGUAUCACUGCUAUAUUACUAUAAAUAGAUGUUUUUUUUUUCCAUUUCCUAACUGGAAUCAGCAAAACAAAUUAAUAAUAACACAUGACAGGACAACACAAAUUAAUAAAAAAAAAAUCUAAAGACAAGAAAAUUUGAAAUUCAGUAGAAAAAUUUGCAAGUUAAGUAACCUAGAUGUAAUUUUUUUUUUAGUUCUGUCCUGUGAUUGUUAUUAUUAUUUUUUUUACUCAUUUAGAAUAUCUCACCGUCGUUGUUUAUUAACUUUGUUUUUGACUCGUGCUGGGCAAUUGAAAUGCAAGCAGUGGCGAGGAAGCUUGGUUUUGACGUGAUGGGCAGCGACCUGGAAACGCGGCCGGCGAGUGGAGCAGGUGGUUUUCUCCCGGCGAACAUGCCCCUGGUCGCCGGUUGUGGAGUGUGUGGGGAAGCCUACAACUCACGUAGUUUCAGUUCCGGUUCCCUGCGAGAAUUUCCGAAGAUUUCCCGAAGUUUUGCGUUUUGGUAUUAAGAGGCCUAUACAGACAGUCUUCAGGGCGUGAUUGUAGGGCCUUUUGUUAAGAAGAAUUUGCAGCUUCCCAUUACAGCUAAACUGUCAUGUUUUUUUGUGUGUAGAAGGAAAGGAUGAAUGGGUCGAUCUAUAAUUUUUAUAAUGCUUUUUAAAAUUCGUAACAUAGGUAAAAAUAUUACCGAAUAUGUGGUUUUACGCAGCUGUUUUAUGUAUCGUGUGUAAUGCAUACAAAAAAAGUAGAUACACACAACGAUAGAGUAUUAAUCGUUGAUUAAAAUGGUGUAAAAAAAUACAUAGGUCACCGCUGAAAAACUCCCAGAAUUCUUCUACGACAAAAUGGUUUUCCGCACAUUUAUUCUGCCGGGAAGUGUCUCCCUCGCGCGGCGUAUUCUUCAGCCGGCGACUGGAGCCGAGGAGUGGGGCUAGCGGCUGCUGUGAAGGCAGCGGAGGGGAAGUUCGUCUGACGGCUGCUCGGUCGCCUUAUCAGCGCGUCGGGGUAUCGGAUAUCGCGAUAAGCAUAUGUGUCUACAGCUGAGGCCGCCUGGUCGGGAAGUAAUAAAUUCUAGGAUUCAGGAAGUUAUUCCCAGAGCAAACCUCAACCAUUCUACGCCCACCACAUCGCGCGGCGAGAAGACUCAGUAAGGCAUAUUCGGAGCCAAGUGGAGGUUAUCUGUAAGCGAAAAAAGUUGAGCGACUGUUAUUUUUACCCCUUGUUGAAUCGAUAUUUGACUUUGUAACAGCAUCGAGAAAUACUAUUAUAUGCACGAUUUCUUUUUCAAGAAUGGAUGAGAAGAGAAACUGGAGAAAAGGAAAGAAGAAUCAUCUUUAUAUUUCUGCAACAAGAAAGAAAAAUAAAGCUACUCAUCUCAAAGCAUACUGGAGUCAAAGGUCAGUUUGUUUUGUAAUAUGUCAUACAAAAUACAGAUGGCGUUCAUUAGCCUGCGUAGUCGAAACUUACCUUGUGAUCUCUCACCUACAACACCUUCCCCACCAUAAUGUUGAAUUAUCUUAGAUGAACAGUAGCAUAUUGAAAAGUUUAUUUAAAAUAUAUAGGUUAAAUAUGUAUGUUUAUGAUAUGUAAUGCAUCCAUAAGUUAUCAGUUUUGACAGGCUGAGCUCCCUGUUGAGAAGGGGGAGGGGGGAAACAAAAUCUGGCUCCUCACAGUCGAAGCAUAUAAUAUGUGUUUGUAUUAACAUUGUAGUAUUAACCUUUAAAAUGUGUAUGUGUACAUUUUUUUAAUUUGGCACUGAAUUAUCAAUUUAUUCACAGGAAAAAAACUAUACCUAAACAAAACAAUGUCAAUGAAGAAUUGGAAAACCAGAGCCUAUCAAGAAUUCACUGCAGCCAUCAAGCACUGAUUGAAAACGAAAUAACUUCCGGAGUGCAUGAAGAAAGCUAUCCGGCAAAGUGAGUAACUGUUUACAUUUUAUUUAAAACAAAUCUAAGUUAUUCCCAAACGGUGGGUCGCGGAAGGGUUACAGGUGGGUCGCGACUCAAUCCUAUAACUAUCAGAAACCAUCGAAUAAACAACCAGAAAAAAUAAGAAAAAUCGAAACAAAUCGAAUUGUGUGCAAACACGUAUCUAUUGUUAAAUAAAUAACUGUUUUGCUACAAAGUGCUUAUUAUUUGUCAACAAUUUUAAAAUCAGAACACAAAUUGUUUAUAAAUAAUCAAUCUGUAUCUUUAAAAAAACAUAUACAUGUAUAUAUUUGCAAUAUUUGUUGGUAAAUUAUGUAUACAUAAGGAAGGGAUACGAUACAAAUAAGGUUUUUUACUCCACCAUGGACCGAUAGACCGUGGAGGUAUUCCUAUAAGGAAAGGUGGGGCGCCAGCUCGAAAAGUUUGGGAACCACUGUUUUAGAGAAAGUAAGAUUGGCAACACAACCAGUUCUAUUAAUUUAACAAAUAUGCUUUGGCCAAAAUAUACAUAUGAUUUUUGGUCUGUUCAGUGUAAGGUCAUUUAUGGCACAAAAAAUAAAGAAGUCUAGGUAUUAAAAAAAGGAUAAAUUUUAUGUAUUGCAGGAAAAAAAUUAAACUUGAUAGCUGCAUUUAUCAAGUUCCGGAAGGCAGAGACUCACGAAGUCACCUUGGCAGCCAGGGAGUAAAUAAGGCACAAGAAAUUUCUUCAAGAGAAAAUGACACUUCAGAUGAAGAGAAUAACUACUCUGUAGCCAAUGUCCUGCACAAUGAAGAUGGACAGUGUAUCUCUACAGCCGUGUCUUACACAGAAAUGCAACCGCCUCUGAAACUAUUUGAGAUGGAAGCAGGAUGUUCUUUCUGGUCAACCACCGAAGGAGCCAUUGACAUUCCAUACGAGCUGGUAGACAGGAAUGAGCCAACUGUAGACAGUAGAUGUAUCAACAAUUCAGAGACAAGCAAUCAGGUUAGCUGAAUGACAAUGAUAUUGCUUUUAAUUAUAUUGACCUGUUAAAAAAUUUACAGUUAAGUUAUAAUUUAACUUUACAAAUAGGCUAUACUUAAAUUGAAAAAUUACACUACUCAAACUACAUAAAUAUUUUUUUAUCUGAAAUUUCACUAAAAACAGGGCUAAUAAAUGAAGACAGUAAAAAAUCUUAUCCCCAUUUAGUGACAAUAGACAGUAUAUUUUUUUUACCUUACUUAAUAGUGAUACACCAUACCCAGUUAAAACACAAACAGCAUUCUUAAGAACACUGACUUAAGCACUAAAAAUGUUUAUAUUGUAGCAAGACUUUUCAAAGUAUGCAUCAUACAUUGGACAAAAAACUAUUAAAAAUACUACAGCUACUAUUUACUGCUUUUACUGCUAUCAAUACUCCUUUUUUAUUCGUAACUUGGGAAACAAUAAUAUAUACAUAUUUUAUGCACAUAGAAAUAUAACAUGAUUUUUAGUUACAUUAAUAGAUAUAAGUUAUUCAAAAAUAAUGUAUUUAUGGAUGAUUUCAGCCGAACAGUUUAUUCAUUACUCCAAGAAAAUAUCAACAUUUGGAUGAAUAUAUUGAACAUGUAAAGGAAGACAACGGUUUGAUACUCCAAAAGCAGCAAACAUCCACAUCCUCACCAAGUAGCUGUUCUCAGGGUGAAAGAGUGUUUUCAAAUGACGAAGAGAAAACUGAAGAAGUGUUGUACGGUGUCAGAUUUGUAGAUAUGUCGUACUUCUUACGAAAACUCACGGAAGCAAGUCAGCAUAAUAAAUCGUUUGGGUGUACUCUUGCAAAUAUGUGUGUAAAAAAAGAAAUUCGAAAAGGAUUUUCAUCUAUUAUAGUAUUUUUUUGUAAUAUGUGCAACAUGACUGUCGGUGUUCCUACGCAUAAUAUGGAAGAUAAUUCAGUUAUGGAUAUGAAUUCAAGGGCUGUUGCUGGAGUUAUGGGCAUUGGGGCAGGGUAUUCUCAAUUACAAGAAUUAUGUGCAGCAGUAGGCGUGCCUUGCAUGGCGCCAGCAACUUAUUCCAAACAUCACGAUGUUAUCUGUAAUGGCUGGGAAAAAGCAGCUUCAGAAAAAAUGGAAGAGGCUGCACGCGAAGAAGCUGAAUUAGCGAGAGCCAAUGAUGAAGUUGAUGAGAAUAACAUUCCCCUCAUUACUGUUGUUGUCGAUGGCAGUUGGUGCAAACGCUCCUACAAAUGUAAAUACGAUGCACUUUCUGGGGUAGCUGCGAUAGUGGGGUAUCGCACUAAGAAAGUUUUGUUCAUGGCAGUUGCAAACAAAUACUGCUAUGUUUGCGCUCGAGCGAAAAAUAACGAAUCUAUCCCUUCACAUGAUUGCUAUAAAAAUCAUGAAGGUAGCUCAAGUAGCAUGGAAGCAAAAAUAAUAGUAGAAGGAUUCAAAAAGAGUGUAACUAUGUACAACAUAAAGUAUGCCAAAAUUAUAGCCGAUGGUGACAGCAGUGUAUACAAGAAAAUUCUGGAAGCUAGGCCAUAUGACAAUCUUACUGUUGAGAAGAUAGAAUGCAGGAAUCAUCUGCUCCGCAAUUACAGGAAAAAAAUUAUUUCUGCAAGUGAAAAUACUAAUCUUGGGACUACCAUUCUGAGGAAAAUAGUUUAUAGUAAAAUGAGUAAACUAUCCAUUGGAGUGCAAAAAGCAAUCGCUUACAGAAAGUCACAGGACACUGAUUUUCAAGUUAAAGUUUCACAGUUGAAAUGCGAUAUUGAAAAUGGUCCGAGCCACGUUUUUGGUGAGCACAAAAAUUGCAGUACUUUAGGUUACUUCUGCGAUGGUCGAAAAGACGGUGAAUCAAACCUUGUCCCAGAGUUGGAAAAAAAUUCUUUGUGGUCUCAUAUUUAUAAAGCAUGUCAGUAUUUAGCUGCUCAUUCUCGAAGCCUCAUACAUGAUGUAGAUAGCAACAAAGUCGAACAAUUCAAUUCAAUAAUUGCGAAAUUUUCCGGAGGAAAAAGAGUGAACUUUGCAACGAAACGAUCUUAUCAAGGGAGAUGUGCUGGUGCUGUAAUAGCACACAAUACAAAAACACCACAAUAUGUGUUGCACAAAAGCAUGUUCAACGGUAUAAGUCCGAAUAAAAUUUCAAAAAGGUUAGAAUUCAGACGGCGUGAACUUCGAAGACGGGAAUUAGAAAUAAAAGAAAAAAACAAACAAAUUAAAUCAACGAAAACAGCCAAAAAAUCUCUCACCAAAACCUAUGGAGAAAAGGACUAUGGUCCUCAAUGUCAACAGCCUGACAUGGAUCCAGAAACAUUUGAGGAACAGAAACAAGCUUUCCUCAGUAGGUUACAACUAACACAAGAGGACCGUCAACAGUUAGAGAGAGACACAAUUCUCCAGGCAGGAAGCGGAAAAUGGCUUGAAACACGUAGAAAAAUUCUAACGGCUUCGAAUUUCGGGAAAGUCUGUCGUAGACGUGCAUCAACAAGCUGCGCGAACUUAGUUCGCAGUAUUGUUUAUACCUCCGAUAUUUUGAACGUGCCUGCAAUUUAUCAUGGUAAAAAGUUUGAGGUAAUGGCUAUAGAACAACUAGAAAAACAAGAAGGAAUUAAGGUUGGAAAAAGUGGACUCUUCAUUGACAAGGAAUUGCCUUUCUUGGGUGCCACUCCGGAUGGUGUUAUUGGAGAAAAGGGUCUUGCAGAAGUUAAGUGUCCAUCAUCUGCAAUUGGAAAAGAUGUUACUGCAGCAGUUAAACAAGGGAACAUCCGAUAUCUGAGUUUCGAAGGAGAUGAACUGAAACUGAAAAAAACACAUUCAUAUUUUUAUCAAGUUCAGGGACAGCUGCACAUUUCAGAGAGGGAAUAUUGCAUUUUUGGUGUUUGGACAUCAGUUGAAAAAGAGAUGGCAAUAUUUCGAAUUGAAAGGGAUGACAAUUUUUGGAAACAAGAGAUGGAACCACAUCUUACAAAAUUCUAUUAUAACUGCAUUUUGCCAGAACUGGUGGACCCUAGGCAUACGAGGAGCAUGGAAAUUCGAGACCCUCCAUACAUUAUUGACGCUAUUGAAAAAAGAGCAAGAAAAAAAUUUGCUGCUGUCAAGACUUGUUCAGCUGCUCAUUAAUUACUUCUGUAGCUUAGCUUCUUAAAAAAUGGGGGAAUAUAAUACCUAUGUAUUUUUUCUCAAAUUAUUUAUUGCGAUGUAACUUUAUUAUAUAAGAAAAUAUAAAGUCAGUGUGCUGUUAAAUUAUGCUUGUAAAAGCAGACCAUCUAAAUGUACCCAACUGUAUCCAUAAACGCAUGUUUUUAUCUUUGUGGUGUGUAAUUGUGUUCAAAUUCAAUUAUAUUUGAUUAAAGAAGAUGUAUUUGUACAACAUCAUACAUUAACUUUGUUUUUCUUCAUAAAAGCCAAAAAUAAUUUGUACAGAUAAAUCGAUGAUUGUUAUUUUCUGAACAGUUAUUGGGUGGAGAUGCAUACAAAUAUUUUAAAUAGCAAAUUGUAAACAAUCUAAACAUGUACAAAAUGUAGAAAAAAUAACAUGAUUCUGUGUCGUAUUGAAAAUGCAUUUUGGCACAUAUUAUCUUUACCAUACUUUUUUUUAAAAUCGCUAAUAAUUGAUAUUGACAAUAUUGCAAAGAUUCUAUUUCUAAAGGAAUAAGGAGUUACAAAUAAAUUAUUUGACAUGCUGAGUUAUCGCGUCAUUAUUACAAAAAAAAAAACUAUUCACAAACAACCGGUUUGUGUACGUUUGGAAUAAAAAUUGUGAACACUAGUCACUCACCGUAAACGCCACACAUCUUCCUGUAUACUCACUUCAUGUUAUAGAAUGGGGAAAGUCCGGGUGAACAAAAUUACGAUUUUUGCCUCAUAACGUCACCACGUUUCGGAUGACUUAGACGACUAGUUCCGUAAUUUUGCAAACUUUAAAUACAAUUUGCAGCAACAAAUAGUACCUGUGACUAUGUUAUAUGACUUCGUUGAGCUAAGAGAUGCAUUUCAACCUGUUGUUGAAACUAACAUAUUUUUAUGUACGAAUGUUUGUUGACUGAUUGUUGCAUCAGUGCACGCUUCGAUUCGUUUGUAGUCGUAUGAUAAAUUGUAGUUUAGUACAUACAUUAAAAAAAAUACUGGAAGAGUGAAAAAUCAUGUAAACUAUUGAUGAGUUAUUUCUGAAACCCAUUAAUAAUAUAACUACGUUCGUACAUAGUAUAAAAUUGAAAAUUUGGAAAAUAUUAUUCUUUAUUUGAUGGUAAUCAUAUUACUUUGUUGCUGGUGGACACGUAAUAGCACACAACUUGAAGGAUAACCAGACCCAAGUGUAUAACUGAAUUAUUACAUAACUCAAUAAGUCACAACUUAAUCAUUUAAGUAAAUCAUUGCUUGCCAAUAAUUGGCACAAAUCAAUUUUAAUUUCUUAGUCAGCAAGGUUUAAAACUACAAACGAAAAAUUUCCCAGCAAGGAAGUGUGCAUGUGUCCGCGUAUGCGUACCUCUGUUGUUUAUGCAUAGGUAAGCGCACUUGCUAUGCUAUGUAUGCAUUAUUUUUGACUAGGUAACAUGUAGGCCUACAUAUUUCCGACUAUGAUAUUAACAUAUGUAACAUUUUUGGUUAAAUAUAACGGAAAAUGCAUUUGAUUCGUUAUAUGGAUAUGAGUUGCGUAGUUUUGACAGCUCCAUAGAACUUGCAAUGAAAGAUCGGCGCAGCUCCGAAAGCAAGGAAAAUGAGAGAUCUCUGAGAAGAAAUACUCCAGCAAAUAGUCUUGUCUGGUGUAAAUAACCUGGCCGGGAGAGAGAAUUGGGAAGUUGGUGGGCAAUGCGCUCAACACAACGCCAAGUGUGGCCUUUAUCCACUGACGUAUAGUAAAUAACUGUGCCUCGAAGGUAACGCGACACCGCGACAACACGAGACUCGAGGACAGAGCGAUAGCGGGUACGGAACACCGCGAUCUUUCCCAAAAGACACUGCAAGUUGGAAUGACGGCGGGGUGGAAAGUGUUUCCCCCACUCCGCCUCCCAGUCGAAGUGACGCGCCGCCAAGAUAACCAAUCCACGUCUCCUCCUCCCAGCUUUGUCCCGCCCACCCUGCACGAUAUCGUUAGCUAAGAACCCGCUGGCGGAGUUGCGCCCUGUCUGUAUAGGCCUCUUAACGCCACUUCAGCCGCUAAAUCGGAAGUUCAAGCAUGUUGUGACUGACCUAACCUAACCUAACCCUUGGAUUUUUUUAAUUUCAAUAUUUGAGAGAAAUACGAAGUUUCACGAACGUGGUAGGGAGCCGAAACUACGUGAGUAGUAGGCUACCGGGAGUGUGUGGCGGCCGCGCCCCGGCCAUGUGGGUCGACGAGGAGGCCUCUCCCGCCGGCGCGGCGUGCGCCAUGCCGUGCCGGGGUCGGUGAACCCUCCCUUCCCCCCCCCCUCUCCCCGGGUCCUCGCGCGCCAUAGCUGGCAUCGCCGCGUCGGUACGCCACGCACCCACCGCCUUUGUGCGUCCGCCAACUUCCCGCGGCGAGGCAUCUCCGUCAAGGACACGUGCCGAGCGAGUCAGAGCUGGAAGAAACGGACAUUCAUUUUUCCAUGUGAUCACAAUCAUAGCAAUAUAACUUAACACACAGUUAAGAAGUGAGGAGUGGGUUAUCACUACAUAGCAGUAGCGGAUCCAGAGGGGGGGCUAAGGGGCUCAAGCCCCCUCCAAAAGCAUCUGGGUCCACUAUUGUUUUAGUGUUUGCCUCGAUAAGGCCUAGCCUCAGCUGGGUCAAGCCUCUCCCAAACCAAAAUCCUGGAUCCGCCACUGCUACAUAGUAUAAAACAAAAGUCGCUUCCCGCUGUCUGUCCCUAUGUAUGCUUAGAUCUUUAAAACUAAGCAACGGAUUUUGAUGCGGUUUUUUUUUAAUAGAUAGAGUGAUUCAAGAAGAAGGUUUAUAUGUAUAAUGCAUGCAUAAUAUAGUAGAGAAACACUGACAAUUUUAGAGGUUUCUAAUGUGAUGUCGUAAAUAAACAAAUUUUAUUGCGCUUACAUUGCAAACGCUGGCUGAUAGAUCAUGUUGUUGUUAUUGUUGAUUAUCUUUUUGUUUUUAGUCGAAAGAAUAGUAAGUCAAAUAUUUUUUAUUUAAUUAUUGAAAAUCGUAGUUUAAGGUAGGUAUUUAAGUUCAAAAAAUAACUGAAUAGAAUAGGUAUCUUUUGUUGUAGAUAUUUGUUGAUUAUCUUUUGUUUUUAGUCUAUAUUUAUAUUUAUGAAUAGUAUAUUUAGUAUCAGCAUUGCACCCGUGCGAAGCCGGGGCGGGUCGCAAUAUUUCCACAUGCUAAUUAUUUAAGUCAAAAUUUAUAGCAAAACAUUCGUGGUUAUAAUUGAGCGCGGUGUUGAUCCCUGAAUAAUUUGUUGUUUACAUCUUUAUUUAUAACAAGAUUCACUUCACUGUGGCGCUUUUACUAUUCUUUUAGCGACUUGCUUCGGAGAUAUCAAACAAAUGUCUAGUGUUAGCCCUUACGUAGCUACUGUUUGUUAUGCUAACCAGAGUUACUGCAGUUUCAGAACAGACACCAAUACCCCCAUAUUAUUUCACCUCUUACUUUCACAUUUAUUCACCAGAAAACAAAUCUAAAACACCAAAAAUUAAUUAAAUAAAUUAGUAUCGAAAACCUAGGAAAUCUUAAUUCUUUAUUCUUUGGCUCGAAUUCGCCACUGAAAAAAAAUUUUUUUGCCUACACAAUAUCUUGGCAGCACAAACGCUCUCUAUGCAAAGAAUGAGUCAGAAUUCGACCGACAAAUUUUGGCUGCAGGUAUGGGUUGAAAACAUCGUAGUACUACGUAUGGUCUAAAGUGCCUUUGAAGCUGGAGUUGAACAAUUGGUUUAUUGCAAAUAAUUGAGAAUGUAUUUAGGAUGGAACAUUUACAGUAUGGUUAAUAUUUAAUUGAACUUAUUUGUACAUUCACUGCAAAACUUAUCGCUGUCGUUGGAUGAGUUAUUGAAAUAAUUUGGGAAUAACAAAACCUCAGAAAAAAAAUCAUGCAAAAUAAAGUUGUUAACCCGAAUUAUUUAAGUGUAAUUGGUUUUUAUGACAGUGAUAAGUUUUUCGAUGGUUGUAGAAUAUGGUUUAAUUCAACAUUUACUAAACGCUUAGUGUUACAUCUUCAAUACUUUCUAUUAAACAUCUGCACAACUCCUACUUCAAGGGCGUAUCCCAAGCCUUGGGAAGCACUUGCAGACCAUAAGUCGUAUGCAUGUUUUCAAAUUCCGUUAUUCUUUAUGAUCUUGCAACCGAGGUUUAGUCGGCAGAAUCGUGACUCAUUCUGUAUACAUCUACUCUGCGUGUGAGCUGCGGCAACUAGUUAGUGUCGAGGAUGUGGAAUGGAGGAACGUGAAUGUUACUUGACGCGGGUUCGUCGGUUGUUCCCAAGAUCAUGGACGGGCAACGAACCGCCUGGUCGCCAGCUCGGUGUUCAUUAAGUAACGUGUCGCUCUUGAGGUUCAGCUCUGAGCACCACAUGGCGGACCUCCCUACAUAAUUAUGGCUCCUCACCGCAAGCCCGUAGUUUGUAAGCGGGAACUUCUGGUAGCGAGAGAGCCACGCGGCAAGAAUCCGGCAUAGGCCUUACGGGGCGAGGCCGAGAUGGCGCAGCGACAAACAUUUGAUAAGUUCUUUGAAUGAUUCUAGCAUUGGGGGAGAUUGAUUCAAUGUGUUAUUUUGGACAUAGGUUACGUCAUUGCUAGUGAUAAUGUGUGUCAUAAGAAAUCACAAUAAUGGGACAAAAAAGAUGAACAUGCAAACACAACAGAAAACGGUUAAAAUCAGCUUAUGUCAAAAAAUUAAAAACACAAGUAGCAUAGAAAAUUCCGUGGAAGGAAUUAGUCAAAACAUUAUUGUUAUCUUUAAAAGAUUUGUGCAAUGGGAGUGCAUGACUUGAUGUAAGUUUUUGGACAUACGCCAUUGCUAUGCUUAGCAAUGGCGUA